AGCAAGAUGGCCAAACAAGUGUGUGCUGUGAUCUUUGUGGCUCUGGCCAUGUUCGGCAGUUGUGUUCUCGCACGACCAGGAUAUGCCCAUGGAUACGUCGAUUACUACGACCAUCCGAAGUACGCCUUCAACUACGGCGUGGCGGAUCAUGUGACGGGUGACGUGAAGAGUCAGCAUGAGACGCGCGAUGGUGAUGUCGUGAAAGGACAAUACUCCCUCGUCGAACCCGAUGGCUCUGUCCGGACCGUGGAUUACACAGCUGAUCCCGUCAAUGGAUUCAACGCUGUUGUGUCGAAGUCCGCUCCCGCCGUUCACCCCGUUCCAGUCGUCCACAAGCCCGUUGUCCAUCAUCCAGUCUACGCCUCUCCAGCCCCAGUUGUGGUGAAACAUGCUCAGCCCGUUGUUCCUCACUAUGCCACUGCUCACUACGCCGCCGCGGCUCCUCUGGGCCACUACGCCGACUACGAUCACUACGACGGCCAGUACUACGACAACCACCACUACUACUGAGCACGAAAGACCCCUCGAGGGCCCUGAUCUCCCGUGAAAUGCUGCCGAAAUCAUCGAAUGUGCGUUCAUCUCCCCUCAAAAAGAUCCACCCUUUCUCUUCCCCCCUCCCCCCCAAAGGAAAACCACCCAACAAACCAACUCGUACUUAAGUUAUGUGACUCUGUAUGGAGAGCAAGACAAAAAAGCGACAUGCAAAUG